AGCGCAGCGCAAGGCCAUAACCAUUCCCUCAUCCUCUGAUCGCGGCACCCACACACACAGGUUCCUUUUCUUCGAGCGCUUUCGAAGCGAGUGCUGGGCGAUACCACCGCCGUCCAGGGCUAGUAACGUUAGCGAUUGCUUGCCGGCUCGCCGUUUCCCGCUGUGAAUCGUCCGCAACUCGCGUUGUCGCCUUGUGGCCAGUGCAGUCAACGAACGCAUACAUAGAAGGAGGUCACACGGCUCUCAAGCCACUCACACGCAGCUUUUCGUGUCCGCGUCUGCUCAAACUUUGCGGCUUUUAUCCCAACAAGACAAGAGCUCCAGUUUCGCAACCUUCACCGACUAGCGUUAUAUAAUCAUCGGGGAGGAAACAUGCGUUCAUGGUUCUUCUUGACGGCGCUAGUGGCCGUGGCGUCCACGUCGUGGCUCUCACAAGUGGAGGCAGCGGCGUGUGCCGAGAUCUGCUACACAACGGAGCUCAAGGGCUUCGGACCCGGAGGCAGUGCCGGCUGUAGCUGUAGUGGCUUGCAACAAGGAGCACGUACAGGAUCUGGAAGCUGCAGCUGUGGCCAGUGCUAUACAGCGUCAGGCAGUGGCGUCAUCGGCUACGCUGUCAACAGCGACGGCACGUGCACGUUUGGAACAAAUUGUGGAGACUGCGACUACUCGUCGACUUCGUCUGGAAGCACGACGCCUACGAUGUCAUCAACUGCAAGCAGUGGCAGCUCCACGACGUCGACGACGCCCCCAAGCUCCACACCGACCGCUACGACAGGUGCUUCGUCGAAUUCGUCGUCUGGAUCGUCGUCCUCGUCCUCGUCCACUUCAGAUAACAGCGGUUCGUCGACUAUCACGUCGGUAUCCAGUAGCUCAGGCUCGACCAACAACAACGCAGGUGAAGCUGGCAGCUCAGCGGAUACGUCGAGCAAUGGCCUCAAGACAUGGCAGAUCGCGCUGAUUAUUUGCUGCGGCGUCCUGGUCUUCACGGUGGCUGUCGUGUCGGUGCUGUCGUGCUACUGCAAGGCUCGCAAUCGCUUGUAUGAGAACGAGGACGACCAAGCUGAUGCCAGUUACUAUCAGCAGCAAUACCCGCGUUUACGUGACGAUGUGUUUGGCUCGAGCGCUGCAGCCACGCCUUCGUUAUUCUCGCAGAACCCACAGACAAGUUCACGUCGCUCUGGCAGCUCGGGCAGCCUUUCGAGCGAACUGAAGGCCAUGUAUGCGAACUCGGCCAACAGCGGCAGCUCGGAUAGAUUAGGCGUGGGUCUUGCCCCCGUACACAUGCGGAACAGCUCCGGCGACUUGGCAGGAAUGGCCGGCAGCUAUCCGAACGAGCGGAUCCUGUCCGGCAGCUACUUGAACGAGCGUAUUUUAUCCGGCAGCUAUCCCACAGAUCGGCGACCAAGCGCAGGCAACAGGUCACAAGGACGGCGUCCCAGUGUGGAGCAGGGAUACAGCACAGCACGCGAUCGAGACUCGUUGGCGGUGGAGUUGUAG